AUGCAACGAAGCCGCUCCCUAAGGAGCAACCAGAGUGUAGAUCGGGCCAGAAGCUCUAGCGCUAUACAAACCAGAUCUUCCCACACACAAGAACCUUUAAUACAAGCAGUCAUGCACCACCAGCAUCAGCAUCAGCAUCAACACCCGCAUCUGGGUGCAUCGCGUGGAAACAAUUUGUUGUUAACGAGAUCAAUUUCCUCUAACACAGUGUACCAUGACGGAGUGAUCCCAAGAAAUAAAAACAUACCGAUGGUGGAUCUGCUCAAGAGAUGGAACACCUCCAAUUCUCAUGAUAACAUCACAAAGAUGAAAACAGAUGGGCUCUAUGAUAGUAGUAGCAGCAAGAAAUCCUUGAGACACUCCGAAAAUACUCCCUUAUCCAGCGUAGCACAUGAUAGCAUGCACUCCCUAGUGCCUAUGGAAGCAUACCAUGCUAAGAAUGUAAUAUAUCAUCAGAGCGAACUGGAUGCUUCAGAUGAGGAAACUUAUAUGUUUAUCCCAACAGUUGACAAUUCCACAAAGGGUUCUUCCAUUAGUAACAGCAUGGGUGCAAUCGGAGCGGUGGGAGAUGUGGAUGUAGGUGAUGGGGCCACAUCGGCAGGAAAUACAGUAAACGAUAUUCAAGAUGCAAUGAACGAGAUAUCCGAAUUCCAAAACAACUUUGUACAGAAGUACAAUUCUGAAGUGGCUAGCCCUGAUGCUGUCCCUAUUUCCAGAGUGCAGAAGAAAAUUUUGGACUACAAAGAGCUUCGCCAGUAUAACUCACCAGGGGAAAGUGGUAGUGUCAACUCACUUGACUAUAAUAUGAAGAUUCAGAACGAAACUCUUAAUUCACAGUAUACAUUAAUACGAUUGAGGUUCAACAGUGGGAACAAAGUAGGAGUACUAGGGUUUUUAAACGAGCGUAAGUGGGAACCAUCAGAAAUGAAUGAGAAUCAAAUCUCGAAAGUUGACAAGGACAAAUAUCUAGAUGAACUAUGGAGAAGUGAGAUGAAAGCAUUUAAAAACAUGUCGUUCAGCUCCACAUCAAGGUCUAAUUCAAGGUCAUCAUUUGAUGAGAAUGGUGCUAAUUCAACAAUGUACACUACAGCCAACAGUAGCUCAGUAAACUUUCCAGUUGGGACUAGUGACAGCUAUGGAAACAGCAACAAUUCGAAGAUGCAACAGCAUUUUGAUAUCAGCAUGGGCGAGAGCCACAAUAACAGCAUGGAGGAGAAGGAGAACUCAAACAUUAACUUACACGUGAAUGUAAACGAAGAUGAAGAAGCACCAAUGCAGAAGAGCAACAGUAGCUUGUCCGAGAUGGCAAAGAACAUCCAUUUUAAUAAUAUUAAGGGGACAGAGGACGAUAAUUGA